ACGACGAAGAAGAGCAACCCGGAAGUGUGUCGCACAGUGCUGACGAUUCGUUUCACUCACAUCAUUUCUGAAACCAACCCGUCACCUCUUCAUAUUUUCUAAAUAACAUUUAGAUUUUUAUAGUGUUGCUCAUGGGUCACACUUGCGGCUAGCUGCGUGAUAAACAGCCGGCGGACGGAGUGAUGGAGGCGGCGCACUUAGCUUCAUUCUGUCCCCGGAGGGUCUGUUGAUGCAGCACCAUGAUCCCUGUGCCUCUUCUGGUGUGUGUGAUGGCAGCCUGGUGUGCUGUCUAUCUCGCCGACACACUGCUCAGGACAUCAGUGACACAUCGGAUCAGCUACGAGUCAUGGCUGGCGAGUCGAGGGCUCAUGUUGUCUCCGUUCCACUUGAGAUGGCAGACCACCAUGUUCAACCGACUGUUUGCAUACUGCGCCCGCAUCAACCCCCGAGCCCUCUACCUGUGGUUCAGCAGUGGCCUAGUGUUCGGUAUAGUUGCCAUGCUGGGAUCUGUGGUGCUGCUUGUCAAGACGCUGCAGCAGACGCUCGCGCAGAUGACCACAGACAACCCUCGGAUGGGAGGUCAGCAGACCCUGCAGGUGGUGGUCCCUGGUGUCAAUCUGCCCACCAGUCAGCUGGCCUACUUCUUCAGCGCCCUGCUGCUCAGCGGAGUUAUACAUGAGCUGGGCCACGCCGUGGCAGCAUUGAGGGAGCAGGUGAGAGUGAACGGCUUCGGCAUGUUUGUGUUCGUGGUGUAUCCCGGUGCGUUCGUGGACCUCUUCACCACACACCUCAACCUCAUUUCACCCACUCAGCAGCUCCGCAUCUUCUGCGCCGGAGUUUGGCACAACUUUGUUCUGUGUGUGGCAGCGCUGGCCUUCCUCUUCCUGCUGCCCAUCCUGCUGUUUCCUGUUUACUACACCGGUGCCGGCGCGCUGGUCACCGAGGUCGUCCAGGGCUCAGCGGCCGACGGUCAGCGGGGUCUGUCAGUCGGAGACAUCGUGACGGGGCUGGAGGAUUGUCCCGUCAGGGGGGUGGAGGACUGGAGCAGCUGCCUGUCUCACCUCUCUCACACCCCACAGACGGGUUACUGUGUCCCAGUGUCCAGCCUGCAGCCCAGCUGGGCCCACGGGCGAGCUUUCAAGCGUCUGGAUGGAACAAUGGACUGCUGCAGCAACAACAGCCUGACAGACCUCUGCUUCUCCUACAUGAAACCACAGAGCAGGAACGGCAGAGAGAGAGAGUACGCCUGUAUGCCGGUGCGCAAGAUGGUGACGGGGACGCGAGUGUGUCGCAGCGACGCCGACUGCGCCGCGCACUCCAACGCGCCCAGCGUUUGCGUCACGCCGUCUCUGGAGAACCAGACUCGCUUCAUCCGGGUCACGCACCCGCCCAACACCCACAUGCUGUUUGUGGGUUACCCGCCUCACCUUCAGUACUCUGUGAGUCUCACCAACUUCGUGCCCCGUCUUGGUUUCCUCCACCUGGAUCUGCCCAUCUUCUUAGAGACCUUCUGCAAGUAUGUGGUGUCCCUCUCCGGGGCGUUGGCAGUAGUAAACUCAGUGCCGUGCUUCGCUCUCGACGGUCAGUGGAUGCUGAACGCCCUGCUGGAGGCCACGCUGGUCACCGUGGUAACGGACCGACAGAAGCGCGAGCUGAUUGGUUUCUUCCUGCUGCUGGCGGGCAGCGCCCUGCUGGCAGCCAACGUGGCUCUGGGCCUGUGGAUGGUCACGGCGCGGUAGACUUUUACAAACACUGAAUGAAACGAUUCCUCGUGUGGACUGAGAGUCUUUCUCUCCGGGCGUGUCCGACACGCGUGGACCACUAAACUGUGAACAUGCAGGAUAAAAAGGACUACAUUACCCAGAAGUGCUGCCCUGUUUCUGGAAACUGUGGAGCAGAAUGUUUCUCUGCUUUUUAAGGCUUUACUGGACCGACAGGGAAAAAAAUAAAUAAACAACUGACUUCCACCUUGUUGCCACCGUACACACAAAAGCACAUAUACGAUAUACAAAGAAUGCACUUGCUGUAAAGCACUGUCCCACGUGACUGUUUACAAAGACUGCACAAUCUUUACAAGUCUUCAUACCCGUGAUAUACGGAGGACCGAGACAGCCAAAACCAAAAUAUACACACACAACUGAAUUAGAGACUCAAUAAAUAAAAAUUUAAUUAAAUGCACAAAGAAAUAAUUUUGAAAUGAAUGUGGGUAUUAAUUAAUUUGUUAAAUGUGACAAAAAAAAUCACAUUUAAGUUUCCAUUUUAUAAACGUUUGUAACAGAGGCGGGAUGUUUUACAUUUUAACAAUAAACUUUAUUGUCUGAGAUGACAUCAACGCACUCUAACAGUAAACUUUGCCCGGACUUUAAUAAAUAAUAAUUACUCUUGAGUGACUUUUUCUGCAUUGCAGUCAUAAAACAAAAGUGUUUGUCUUCAUAUUUGUGUUGCUAGACCAAAAUCGGCCAGUUAUCGCAUCAGUCAGGUUGUAAUUAUUCUUUCUGGCUUAUCCCUCUUUUAUUUAUUUAUUUCCUGAAGCUUAUUUAUUUCCUCACUUUCUCUUGACAUUCCUGCUUCUUUAUGCAGACGAUGGGGCUGUCACUCAAAGUCACCUAUUGGUUGAUCGAUCAAAGUUCAUAGAUCAACUCUCAGGCUCGCCAGCAAAUAACAAAUCAUCAAGAAAUUAAUAAAUAAAAUGGAAAAGCACAUUUUAAAAAAGGAUUAAUGCCUAAAUUUAUUUUUAGUAUUAUUUUUGGUGCAUUUUAAUGUGUCCUGAGUACAGUAUAUAUAUAUAUAUAUAUAUAUAUAUAUAUAUAUAUAUAUAUAUAUAUAUAUAUAUAUAUAUAUAUAUAUAUAUAUAUAUAUAUAUAUAUAUUCUUGAUUUUGGCAGAUUCGGUCCUCUGUACUUGUGUGUUUCUGAAGGGUUUUGAUGGUUUGAUGGAACAACAGUCAGGUUUCUGUGUCUGUUUUGGCGUUUGUUGUGCUGCAGAAAGAACAAAAUGAAUCCAAGCCAUCUUUGGACUUUAAAAAAAAAAAAAAAAGCCUUCAUUUUAUCAGCGAUUGCAUGGCAAUAUUUUAAUCUUGGGACUCCACAUCUAUGUUGGCAAAUAAACGAAACUACCUAACAUUAAUGUAUUAAAGAGAACUGCCUCCGUCGGCGUGUCCUGCACAUUAUUCAGUCAAGUCAAGUGUCUUUUCUCCUCCCCGGGUAUUGUAGUGGGAAAAUGAAUGAGUGUAAAUUUAGUUUUUAUUUCUCUUGGCCUAUCACUGUCUGUGUUUUUGUUUUUUUUUGUCAAAACUGUGGAAUAAAGGUCUAAUUUAAUUGAAGCGCU